AUGGCUUCCAUAACUUCCAUUGUCAAGGCGUCUGAUUGGAUUUUGUCAAGGCCAACGUUGGCCAAGGUAGUGACUCCACUUGCUAAAACAUUCGUGGCAUAUGCUGGUUACAGAGAAAUGGGCUUGAGAUUCAAUGACUUAAUCGCCGAAGAGAACCCAAUAGCCCAAAAGGCGAUCUCUAGACUUCCUGAAGACGAAAGUUACGCCAGGAACUUUAGAAUCAUCACUGCUCAUCAAUGUGCUUUGUCACACCAGUUGCUUCCCCCAAACAAGGCUAUUAAGCCCGAGGAUGACACCCCAUACUUGAUUCCUUAUCUUUUGGAAGCUGAAAAGGAAGCAUUUGAGAAGAAAGAGUUGGACAACAUCAAGGUUUAA